UUACGUCACUGCCAAUAUGGCGACGUCCGUGUGAGCCACGCUGCGGUUGCUGAUGAAGCGGGUGUAGUCGUUAAAGUCGCGCUUGGUUCUUACGCGAGAGACGUUAAAGCGAAUCUGAACUCGCCAUGUCGGGACGACACAACAACAAGCUGCCGACAAAUCUGCCCCAGCUGCAAAACCUCAUCAAAAGGGAUCCGAAGUCCUACACGGAGGAGUUCUUGCAGCAGUAUCGUCACUACCAGUCAAACAUCCAGGUUUUUAAACACCAGCCAGACAAACCAAACAAGGACCUGGCCGAACUGGUGAUGUUUUUAGCGCAGGUCGGUCACUGCUAUCUGGAGGAGCUGGCAAACUUCCCACAAGAACUCACCGAGCUUCUCCUGAAUCACCACACACUGCUUGAACCAGACCUCAGAAUGACGUUUUGCAAGGCCUUGAUCCUUUUGAGGAACAAAGACUUGAUUGAACCCACAAGUCUUCUGGAGCUCUUCUUUGAGCUGCUUCGCUGUCAGGACAAACUUUUGCGGAAGACUCUGUACACGCACAUUGUGACAGAUAUCAAGAAUAUUAACGCAAAGCACAAAAACAACAAGUUGAACACGACUUUGCAGAACUUUAUGUACACUAUGCUGAGGGACUCCAAUCCAAUUGCAGCCAAGAUUUCCUUAGAUGUGAUGGUGGAGCUGUACAAAAGGAAUAUUUGGAACGAUGCCAAAACGGUGAACGUUAUCAUGACGGCCUGUUUCUCCAAAGUCACAAAGAUCCUUGUUGCUGCGCUGACAUUUUUCCUGGGGAAAGACGAAGAUGAGAAAAAGGGCAGCGGCUCGGACUCGGAGGACGACGGGCCUUCCGCCAGGGAUCUAAUGGUCCGAUACUCCACUGGAAAGAAAACUUCUAAAAACAAGAAGAAGAUGGAAAAAGCCAUGAAAGUCCUGAAGAAACACAAAAAGAAAAAGAAGGUUGAGGUCUUUAAUUUUUCUGCCAUACAUGUGAUCCAUGAUCCCCAAGAUUUUGCAGAGAAGCUCCUGAAACAGGUGGAAAGUUGUAAGGAGCGCUUUGAGGUGAAGAUGAUGAUGAUGGAGCUCAUCUCCAGACUUGUGGGAAUUCAUGAGCUCUUCCUCUUCAACUUCUACCCAUUUGUGCAGCGGUUCCUGCAACCUCACCAGAGAGAGGUCACAAAGAUCCUGCUGUGUGCUGCGCAGGCGUCCCACACGCUGGUCCCGCCGGAGGUCAUUGAGCCUGUGAUUAUGAGCAUCGCCAACAACUUCGUCACGGACAGGAACUCCGGAGAGGUCAUGACAGUAGGUAUUAAUGCCAUCAAGGAGAUUGUGACACGCUGUCCUCUCUCUAUGCCAGAAGACCUGCUCCUGGACCUCGCCCAGUACAAGUCUCACAAAGACAAAAAUGUGGUGAUGUCUGCCAGGGGGCUAAUUCAGCUCUUCAGAGACCUCAAUCCUCACAUGCUGCACAGGAAGGACAGGGGGAAACCCACCGAGGCGUCUGCGGAGGCCAGGAUCCAGGACUACGGAGAACUGGAGGCGAAGGACUACAUCCCCGGGGCCGAGGUCCUGGACCUGGAGGAAGAGGAAGCCGGAGGAGGAGAUAACGAAGAUGGCUGGGAGAGUGCCAGCAUGAGUGAAGAUGAUGAUGAUGGGGAAUGGGUCACUGUACACCAUUCUUCUGAUGAAGAUCCGGAAGGAGUGGCGGGGAAACUCCACAGCGUCCCUGCAGAGGAGCGGAAGGUAAAGGCAGCUGCGGUGAGCGCCAGCCGCCUCCUCACACAGGACGACUUCAGGAAGAUCCGUCUGGCUCAGAUGGCCAGAGACGUCACCGCCGCGCCGGGGAAGAGCCAGAAGAGGACGAGAGCUGAGGCCGACGAUGAUGCAGACAGAGGGGAGCUUCUCACACUGAGAGAUAUUGAGCGCUUGCACAAGAAACCCAAGUCUGACAAGGAGACACGGCUGGCCACAGCCAUGGCUGGGCGGACGGACAGGAAGGAAUUUGUGAGGAAGAAGAACAGACUGAACCCGUUCGCCAGCACCAGCAACAAGGAGAAGAGGAAGAGGAAGAACUUCAUGAUGAUGAGGCAGAGUCAGGAUGUCCGGACCAAAGGCAAACGCUCCUUCAGAGAGAAACAGAUUGCUCUACGAGACGCCCUUCUGAAGAAGAGGAAACAUAAGUAGCCUCUCAGAUGUUCGGGAUUUCUCUUUUCUAGAUCUCUCUUCGUGAACCCCCCCCCCCACCCCCGUUCUAGAAGUUUUCUAUAGUAAAACACUUCUGAUGGAUACAGCUGAGAUUAAAAGACUGCACAAACUCUUUGCCAAUCUCUGGACUGGACUCUGCUCAGUCUUGUAUUUGACCUGUAUUAAAUACAUUUGACGUGUCA